CUGAAAUAAGGACCACACACAGUCUCCAUCUAGUGGUGUUACUGGAAAAUACAUCUAGGUUACAAAGUUCACGAUCACUUCACAGCUCCACUGUCGAGCAUAUAGCGAAUUUUGGUCAGAUUUCACAACACAACUUCUAUCCGACACAGUUUUCGAUAAAAAACAGCAGUUUCGUGAAAUGGCAGAGGCUUUAUUCGGAGAACACGAGCGAUACAGCUGCGCGAUAUGUUUGGAUCUGCUAAAAGAUCCCGUGACAAUCGCCUGUGGACACAGUUACUGUAUGAGCUGUAUCGAUGAGUUCUGGAAUACUAAUUACACAGGGGCCUUUAGCUGUCCUCAAUGCAGGCAGACCUUCAGCACGAGACCUCAUCUCAAACGAAGUACUAUGCUUGCUGACAUAAUGGAGAGAUUAAGAGAGACACAACUUAAUGUGUCAGAAUUUACUCAAAGUAUUGCUGGACCUGGAGAUAUUGCAUGUGAUUUCUGCGAUGGAAGAAAGUUCCAAGCUGUCAAAUCCUGUCUAGAGUGUCAAUGCUCUUUCUGUGAAGAACAUUUACAACCUCACAAUAACGUUCCUGCGCUGAAGAAACACAAGCUGGUCAAAGCUACUAUCAUAGCAACUUGCUCCAAACACGACAAGCUAUUAGAAGUUUACUGCCGGACAGACCAGAAAUGCGUGUGCAUGCACUGUUUGUUGGAUGACCACAAAGGCCAUGAUACGGUGCCGUCUGCAGUAGAGCGAAAUGAGAAACAGAUAAAACUUACAGACAAUCAAAAGAAAGUCAGGCAGAGAAUCCAUGCAAAGGAGAAAGAGCUGCAGAGGAUGACAAUGCAGAUCACAUCCCAUUCAUAUUCUGCAAAGAAGGCGGUGGAGGACAGUAAAAAAGCCUUCGCUGAGUUAGCCCGCCUUAUUGAGACGAAAAGCACAGAGAUGACUAAAAAGAUUGAAGCUCAGGAAAAGGCUGAUCAGGAUCAAGGUGCAGAACUACAAGCAAAACUGGAUGCGGAAAUCACUGAACUGAAGAAAAGGGAUGAACUUCUAGAGACGUAUUUACAGACAGACGACAGCAUCCAGUUUCUUCAGAAUUUUCAGUCUGCAUCCUCUACUUCCGAGCCUGAUGAUUUCCCCAGACUCACUUUUAAACCAUGCUGCUCUUAUACGGACAUAAGCAAACUUGCCUGUGAGCUUAAAGACCGAUUGGAGACCGUUUUCAACGAGGAAAUAAGCAAAACAUUAAAAAAAGUUUCAGACCUUGCCACACUCAAGAAUACUCAAGUCUGCAUCAAUAUUGGAGACAGAGUGAGAGUUAAAGCUUCUGUUCACACCCCAAAACAUGACUGGGGAAAUGUCACACAUAAGAGUGAGGGUGUCGUACAAGAUAUUAAAGAUGAUGAAAACUUGCUCAUCGAUUUCCCUGGACAUUCAGGCUGGAAAGGACUUUUAUCAGAAAUCGAGCUAGUAACUGAUGAUCAUUCCACAUUCAAAAUUGGAUCAAAGGUGCGUGUGAAAGCCUCUGUUGAGUCUCCAGAAUAUGGCUGGGGAGAUGUCACCAAGAAUAGCGUCGGAACUGUGAAAGCUAUAGAUAGUGAUGAGUUGACUGUGGAUUUCCCUGAGCAUUCGGGUUGGACUGGCAUUCUCUCUGAGAUGGAGCUUAUACCUACCGAUGACACAGACCAUUGCAGUUUCAAAACUGGAUCAAGAGUUCGUGUAAAAGCCUCAGUUGAGUCUCCAGAAUAUGGCUGGGGAGAUGUCACCAAGAAUAGCGUUGGAAUUGUAAAAGCUAUGGACGGGGAUGAACUGACUGUGGAUUUUCCUGAGCAUUCAGGCUGGACUGGCAUGCUGUCUGAGAUGGAGCUUGUAUGACACAGCUGUACUGUAGAUGUGCCAAAGUGACUGUGAACUUUCCUGAGCAAUCUAAAUGGACUGGGAUGGACUCAAAUGACUAAAUGGACUCGGAGAGGCUUUAUGACACACCAGACCCAAGAUUAUGAAAUGAUGAUUAUUUGCACUAACGCUGUUUUAAAUAGGUUUUAAAUAUAUUAAUGAUUACCCUAAUGUUUUCUGGACCUAUUUUAGAUGUGAACCAUAUUACAAUUAUUUAAAAUUUAUCAAUGUAUCAUAUGCUUUUGUGACCUACAAGUAAUAACAAAUGGAAGGCUUUACUAAUAAAUUAUAGUACAGUUAAUAUAUAUUUACUAUUCAGUAUAGACGUUUCACCAGACACGCACACAUUACCACAGUUGCGCGCCUGGCCCGAAGUUAUCUUCCGGUCUGUAUUUGUUUAUUGGUCGUGCUAGUGGCUAAACUGACCUCUGGAACAACCUUGUGGGUUUCCCAAAGAAGAGGAAAUAAGGCAAGCGUGGAUCACUGCUGUGCAUAGAGGGGUAAGCCAGGGAAGAAUUCAAGGAUCUGUAGCUAACAUUGUAUACAUUCGCUAUGAAAAAAUCUAGAGGGACUCUCUUGUUACUGAUUCUAUGCGCAAGUCUACCGGAAGUUAAGUUUGGGCCACAAAAAAACAUUUGUUUAUGUUGUUGCUGCUGAAACCGUCUAUAUGGUCUCGUUUAAAAUGUAUACAUGUCAACAGUGUUUUAAAUUAUGGUUUUUUUUGAUGUGUAAAUUCCGUAUAUAUUUUAUUUUGUACCUUAAACUUUAGUGUGACUUCAUCUGUGCCGUCUUACCUGUUAGGACCUUGAAAAGCUUCAAAAGACAAUACUGCACUAAACAUAAGAUUCGUAGUUCAUAAAAAUUGUGGUGGUAGUUUUUAUAAGAGGUGCUAUAUUUUCUGUUGAAACCAAAAU